AGAGCCCGAUCCGGCGCGAGCGGGAGGAGUUUUGUGGUGCCCCCCCCCCGGAGAAAGGGCAGGCGAGCCGAGUCACUCCCGCUCUCCCCAAAGGAGUUUGCUCGGCCAACCAGACCCAGGCUCAAAAGCCCCGUCUCGGGGAAAUGCCUCCAUCACCUCCGUCGGGGAUUGACGCGGGGAUCUGGUCCCCGUUUCCCUUCGGCGUCGGCUGCUGAACGCCAGCCUGGCCGGGGAGAAUUCGGUGCCUUGGGGCGAAGGGCUCCCGCUGCCUUUCGUCUGUCGUCGGAAGGGAAGGCCAAACGGCGCGGGGCUUGCAAGGUGCUCGGGUGGAGAGAUGCGGCGGCGCGAACGCACGUGAGAAUGAGCCCAGGGAGACGCGUUCCGGAGUCAGGCGCGCCCGCGGCCGGGAGAGCGGGAGGGGCGGGCUUCCCGCGUGGAGAAUUCCCGGCCGAAACGGAAAGAGCGAGCGCGGGCCGCUUUGGGGGCGCAUCUGCUUCCUAACGGGAUCGACGCCCUGGGGGCGAGGGAGGGAGGGCGAUCCGGACGAGAGCGGCUCGCGGAGGGCAGCGCUGCAGGAGCCGCCCAGCUGCCUUGCUCUUCUGCAAGGCGAGAGCCGCCCCAGCUCUCCGGUGCCGUCGCGGUCGUGUGAAUUCCCCUUCAGUCGUAGGCGGGAUGAAUGGACGCUUCGGAAGCAGACAACCUUGCUCAGGGACAUGGGGCUGUUAGGUUAUGAUACUUCUUUUUAAAAAAUACUGCUCUGGGGCUGGUAACACACCCUACCUCCCCCCAAAAAGUGGCACGCAGAAGAAUAAUUAAAGUGUAUUUAAAAUGUUGGGAUGGGAGUUGUUAAGGGGUAGAGGUGGGGUGUGUAGACUAUCCGGUGCCAUUCUGGUCUUGACCAAUUGCUUUUUUGUUGAAAAUCAUGCCCCAGCGGCUUUCAGCCUUUGCAAAGGCGGCCUCUUCAGGAGUGAUCCCAUGUAAAAACACUUUUCCAGGAGGCCUGCGCUCAGUCUGGGAUUCUGAAAGGUGCUCCUGUAAGAAGGUGAAUAGCGCCUCAGGGGGGUUCCUUUGAUGUCCUUCCUGCCAGUGGUAGAAUAUUGUGCAGAGUGAAGGAGCAUUUUAUUUUCAUGCAGUUGCUCCCCUCCUUCCAAAGUGAGACAGAGUCCAUAACCUGAUUGAAGGACAGCACAACUUCACGCUGUAGAUGGAGGAUCAUAUUUUUGUUGUGUAAAAAUAAUUUUAAGAAUCCAAAUCACACUGUAAGUAGAAAGCUAGCACAACAGGGCAACAAGCUGGUGUUUAACCUUUUCCCCUCAAGCUAUAGUUUGAAGUAUCUGGAGGACACUGGGUUGGCAAAGGCUGGCCCAGAGGGUCUCUUUAGAAAGUUGGAUCCAAAGGUGUUGUACCUCCAUUGAGAAUUGAGUAUAUUUGCAGUGAUCUCUGUCCAGUUAGAAACGUACCUUGAACAAUUUAAUAGCACUCACAACAUACGUAAAAGGAAUUUUUAGUAAGACAUAGUCAACACAAGAGCAAAACUGUGUCCUAAUUUUCUAGCAUCCCAGAUGGGCACUUGGUCAGAAAUAGUAGCACUUGAUUGGCUAGUUUAAAAAAACCCCACAAAGUGACUGUCAAGUAGAUACAUAAAAAUAAAAACAUUUAGAAGGUUUUCCAGGAUGUUUAAAGCAGGGGGUGGGCAGACUUUGGGCUUGUCGGGUCUACUUUAUUUUUUGCCAGAAUCCUGAGGCCCACCAUCUGGAACCAGAUGCAAAAUAAUGGCUCAAGAAAGAAGACAGAGAAUUGAGGGAAAAGGUGCCUAAGGCAGCACCACUGGACCGGGACCUGUUUCCAGUGAUGUUGCAGUGCAGACAUGCUCAAGAGUUCAGCUUUGGGCCCCGAGCACUGAAAGAUGCUCUGAUCUCUACAAACCCCGUCCUGCAGAAGCUCUAUGCCAAGGCUUUCUCCAGCGCCGAGAAGCUCUUCCUCUCAGAAGCAUACAACCCCCACAGGACACUUUUCUGCAGCUUGUUCAUCAGGACAGCUUUUGACUGGCUUCUCAGCCAUCCUGAAGCCCCUGAGGACUUUGAAACAUUCUACUACUCCCUGCUGAGGAGGAAGCAAAGAGCCUACUGCAAGCACAUAUACCUGCAACCCAUAGAUCUGACUGAAGGCCCUGCUGGGAUCUCACUGCUGGAUUCCCUCCGCAGCUGUGUCGAGUCUUUCUUUUUGGGCCUCCAGGUCAAGUGCCUUCCUUCUGUCCCUGUCUCCUCCAUCCAUUGCUGUUAUCGCCACAACCAGGAUUCGGACAGAGUGCAAAUCCAUACAGAUGGUAUCCUGACCUUUCUGAAGAACAACAAGCCAAUGGAUGCCCUCUGUGUCUUGGGCCUCACCCUUGCCGACCUCUACCCAUGCGAAACAUGGAGCUUCACCUUCAGCAAGUUCUUGCCAGGCCAAGAAGUGGGCGUGUGCAGCUUUGCCAGGUUUUCUAGUGACUUCCCCCAGGUGGGCUGUACCACUUUAAGCCCAUCUCCAUGGAGACAAGAGGUGCAUGAUGAAGUUAUGAAGCAAGCCAGAAACCAGACAUUGCUGUUCAACAUGCUGGAGAUGCUCCAGUGUUGCAAGGUCACGUGCCAUGAGAUCUGCCACCUGAUUGGCUUGGGAAAUUGCCGUUGGCUUCAGUGUAUCAUGCAGGGCGCUCUGAGUUUGGAUGAAGUUCUGCUACGGCCGCUGGAGCCCUGCCCGAUAUGCCUUCGGAAGCUACAGCAUGUUGUGGGCUUCAAACUCAUUGAGCGCUACAGGAAACUCUAUGCCUGGAUGCAAACAAUUUUGUCUACCUGGCCCAGUCAAGAAUCAGCAGACCAGUCUGUAUCGGAAGACAUUUUGCCAUACAGCACAGACUCUGGGAUGAGUUGCGAGAAUGACUCUGAGGCAGUAACGUCCCUCUCGGAGCCCUUGACCCCGGACACUUGCAGCCAAGCGGUUUCCACUCUGCAGGAUAUUGACCUUGAUGAACCGUCUUGUUCUCUGGCUGAUGCUCCCAGUCAGGAACAACUGGGCAAUGUCCCCAAGCCCUUGGACAUAAUUAAGGAAUACAGUCUAUGGCUCAAGAUGUGUAUCGCCGCUCUCGAAAAGGAUGUCUCCGAGGAUGAGAUCCUGCAAGUGGACACGGCUGUGGAUGCCCUGGCACGCUGGGAAAUGUUCACAGGACAGCUGCCUAACACCCGGAAAGAUCUGCCUUUUCCCAGUGACACUACAGGGCUGCGGAAAGUCCUUGGGGACAAAUUCUCCUCCUUGAGAAGGCAACUGAGCUCCAGAAAAGUGGCAAGAGCCGACUCUUCCCCUCGUCGCUGGAAAUGAGAGGAGAGCUAGCCCCUUCGAGACACAUUGCCUGCUUCUUUAAAAAAUAAAUAAAUUGAUGGGUUAAAAUGUGGGUUUUGUUAGUUCUGUUUCUUCUUGUUAUGCCUCUUGUCCUUUACACUGCAAGAUCUCAUUGUUUUAUGAGAAAGAACUAAGAACUCCC